GCGGGAGGCGGCGGGAGGCGGCUCCAUCCCGGCCCCCGCCCGCCCGCCCCCGCCGCUCCCGCGCAGCCUCGCCGGGGGAGGCAGGAGCGCCGCGCCCGAGACGCCCGCGGUGAAUAUGGCCCUGGCAGGGAAGCCUUUAGAUGUGACUCUCAACACCUCCAGAGCUGACCAGUGGAAUAUGGUUUUUCCCCAGAAAGACGAAAUCGUCACCAGCUUAGUGUCUGCCUUAGACUCCAUGUGCUCGGCGCUCUCCAAGCUGAACGCAGAGGUGGCCUGCAUCGCCGUCCACGAGGAGAGUGCCUUCGUGGUGGGCACCGAGAAGGGACGGGUCUUCCUCAGCACCCGCAAGGAGCUGCAAGCUGACUUCCAGAAGUUUUGCAGAGUCCAGCAGAGGAAGGAGCAGGACGCGGAGGCGCAGAAGAAGGCCAAGGAGUGUGGGCGAAGCGUGCUCAGGGUCUCCCCGGACCAGGGAUCAGACGUGUACCUCCUCAGGAAGAUGGUAGAGGAAGUGUUUGAUGUGCUUUAUAGUGAAGCCGUGGGGAAGAGCAGCGUGGUCCCUUUGCCCUACGAGAGGUUCCUGAAAGAGCCAGGCUCGCUGGCGGUGGCUGGCUUGCCUGAGGGGAUCAGCUUUAAGAAACCCAUGGAGUAUGACGUGAAAUCCCUGAUGGCCAUCCUAGAGCACAGCCACAGCAUCCGCUUCAGGCUAAAAAGGCCAGCGGACGAGCCCAGCCGAGAGCCGAACCCCAGCGUUGAGUUGACUUGUACCUCCCUCGCCUCCAAGGGCGGCCGAGACUCUAGUGCCAACGGCCCCAUGGCCAAACCCGCCGGCCAGGACGCCCCCUCCGCCGUCGCCGUCACCAAUUUCUUAUACGGCGUCUCGCUGCCGACCCAGAUCGCCGUCGACCUAAAGCAAGAGGUGUCCUCCGGCCUGCCCGGGCCGAACGCGGCCGGCGAGGUGCUGCUGCCCAGGCCCGCGGGAGAGCUGAAGGUGCCUUCCUCACAGGAGUACAGCGACUGCUGUGGACAGAAAUCAUCGGUCUCUGGAGGUCCCCUCAUCCAGAACGUGCACUCGUCCAAGCGCAUCCUCUUCUCCAUUGUCCACGACAAGACAGAUAAGUGGGACAGUUUUAUAAAAGAAACUGAAGAUAUCAACACCCUUAGGGAGUGCGUGCAAAUUCUGUUUAACAGCAGAUAUGCUGAAGCCUUGGGGUUAGACCACAUGGUCCCCGUCCCGUACCGGAAGAUUGCCUGCGACCCCGAGGCGGUGGAAAUCAUUGGCAUCCCAGACAAAAUACCCUUCAAAAGACCUUGCACCUACGGCGUCCCCAAACUCAAGCGGAUACUGGAGGAGAGGCACAACAUCCAUUUUGUCAUCAAAAGGAUGUUUGACGAGAGAAUUUUUACAGGAAGCAAAUUUACCAAAGAUCCAACCAAGCUGGAGCCCUCCAGCCCCCCUGGGGAGAUCUCCCCCGAGCCGCACCGCGGGGCCGUGCUGGACCUGGCAGGGACCUCUCAGGCCAACAGCAGGUCCGAGAAGUGUAGUGCUUCUGAAAGCUGUGAACCAGGUACCUCAGGAGAACUGGGUGGGAUCAGGCAGAUCAAAAUCGAGCCGGAUGAGCUGGACAUCAUCCAGAUCACUGUGCCAGACCGAUCGCCCGGUUCAGAUGAGAUGCACGACCCAGUGCCCACACACAUGGCCUCGGAGGAGACGAACUACAUCCUAGAAACGGUAGCAGCAGGGAUGGAGAAGGGGCCCAGCGAGGAGUCACGACAUGAAGAAAAGCAGAUGGAGGGAUCAGAUGGUAUAGGGGAUGUUUUAAGUCAUUUGAGGAAACAAGUUGAAAUUUUGUUCAACACGAGAUACGCGAAAGCCAUAGGAAUAUCAGAGCCAGUUAAAGUUCCCUACUCCAAGUUCCUGAUGUACCCUGAGGAUCUGUUCGUUGUGGGCUUGCCAGAGGGCAUCCUCCUGCGGCGCCCCAACUGCUUUGGGAUUGCAAAGCUGAAGAAGAUCCUGCAAGCGAGCAACAACAUCCAGUUUGUCAUUAAAAGACCGGAGCUGCUGGCGGAGGGCAUAAAGGAGCCAGUGUCGGACAGCCCGGCAGCCAAAGCUGCCGGCGAGAGGGACUCGAGUGAGGUGCUGCUGGAGGACACUGUGAAGAGACAGGGCUUUCAAGAAAAUUAUGAUGCCAGGCUUUCCAGAAUAGACGUUGCUAACACACUGCGGGAACAAGUCCAGGACCUGUUCAAUAAGAAAUACGGUGAGGCCUUGGGGAUUAAAUACCCCGUGCAAGUGCCAUACAAGCGGAUCAAGAGCAAUCCAGGGUCAGUGAUUAUAGAGGGGCUGCCCCCCGGGAUCCCCUUCAGGAAGCCAUGCACCUUCGGCUCGCAGAACCUGGAGAGGAUAUUGGCUGUUGCUGAUAAAAUCAAGUUCACCGUGACGAGGCCUUUUCAAGGACUCAUCCCCAAACCCGAGCACAAUCCUCCUCAAGACUUUGAUGAGAUGUGCCUCGCGUUGGAAACUCCUAGCAAGAAAAAAAAAAAAAGAGGAAAGCACUUGAUGGGGUGGUGAUGGGAGCUGAACGCAUCUUGCUCCAUCACCAGGUUGCUUUUUGAUAUCCUUGCCCCUCUCCCUUCACCCUGCAGCCCCGAUGUUUAACCCCUGCAGGAGCAGCUGGGUUAUUUUUCCUUCUGACCUGCCUUCCUGUUAUCUGGGGUAAAUUAUUUUUUUAGUGUUGAGCUGGUCAGUGUUUCUAGUCUGAAGGUGAAAAUUCAAGCAGAUAGUGUGAAUAGCUGUGGAGCUUCAAAGUCUGUUCAUAAGCAUCUCUGCGAUUCCAGUCACCUUUUUCUUUGCCUGUUCUUUGUCUCCUUUCCCCUGUGCGUGUGGCAUCCUCACACCGACGAGAAGGCAGCACCAUCACCCAGCUCAUCCCAGCCCUCGCGUUUGCUCUUGCCUUCCCCCUGCUCCCCGCCAGCCUCAUACCCUGCCAUGUCCUUCAGAGACCCCAGACCCUGUUUUUCACUGUGCUCAUUGCAUGGCGAGAUGGGUGCUGCUCCAUUCCGACUGUGGUUUGGCACUUAGGGAUGCGCUCCAUACCUCGCAGCACAGCAGCUGUGAGCCUGGUGGGAUGCCUCCUAUGGUUAAGGUUGAGCAGCACACAUGGGUUACCAGGACAAGAAGUUUUAAUUAUCUUUCUUAAUCAGCAUGAUUUCAUAACGGCACCUUGAAAUCUUCACCUGAAACACUGCAAGUGCCUUUGAGUUGCCACCAACCAAAUGAAAUGCUGUGCUGCCCUUCCAAGACUGUUUCUGAUUCAUAUUGGAAGGAUGCUGCUGUAUGCUUCUCUUCCUCGCUGCCUGCCCACACUCCUGCCUGCAGUCUGCCUGCGCUCCUCACCAUGCUCCUGCCUGCAUUCCUCCUUGACAGCAGCUAUGCCAGGACUGCGUUCCCUCCUGGCUUGGACUCUAGCAUGGCUUUCUGAGCACCUGCAUGACCCAUCUACAUCUCUUCCCCUUUGCAUUGUGUAUUUGCCUAAACAUUUUGCGCGGUGGGUGCUGCCCGCAGGGUGUCCACACAGGCAGGGUGUCACCCAGGGGACCAGGCGAUGGGCAGCAUCACUUAUUUUCUGGCUGGGUCCUGCUGCGUGGCAGCAAGCAGUGGUGCUCCAGUUGCUUAUGGCAGGAUUUGUCCACCUGCAGCCCCAGGCAGCGCAGGGUCCGGCUCAUUGCCCUACCUCACUGUGGUCUGCACCAAAACAUCGGCACCUGCAGCUGCCCUGCGCAAAACCCACGAUUUCUGUUCUUUUGCUGUCACUGAACCAAAGCAUUCUCCCCACGCAAACAGUCAGGCCGGAGGCAUCGGCAGAGCUCUUGUGCCCUGUGUGCUGCAAUACCUGCUUUCCUGAGCCUGCUUGAAAUGUUUGAUGCAUAUUUUGAGCUACUUCAGAUUGCUCGUAUCUCUGCUCAGCAAAUUUGGACGAGCACCCCUGUUCUCUUCCUCCCCAUCCCCUCCAGUUUGUCAGUGCCCACGUGCUGCAAUUUGGCAGCAAGGGCCUCCCUGGUGCUGUGACCCACAGCCCCUGUCCCCCUCACCAGCUCUCCCCAUGGCUGCUGGCUUUGGCAUGAUGAGCCACUUCAUUUCCACCUUUUGCCCAUCAUGCAAAUCCUAGCCCUAGCCCUGUUGCUGCUGCUUUUCCCCAGGAAAUUAAUUUCUUUUUGAUAUCGCUCGUCACUUCAGCGUCGGUGGCGAGCACCAGCCUCUCCUUAGGGAUCCCUUUUUCUCCCCCGUUACUGCAGAACUGACACAGUUUCCCUGUUCGCUUUUCAUCUGCUUUAACCUCAGAUAUAUUGUUUCUCCUCCGGCGCAGCCACGCAGCACAACCGCUGCUGCUUUGGCACGUGCUGCAAACGCUGCAAUUCGGCCGCACGUCCCUGGGCACAUGUGGACCUUGAGCUGCUCAGGAGUGCGGCAUAGCUCAAGGGAUGCUCACAGGCUGAAGCACAUCCCAAAACGGGUCCCUGGUACACUGUGGAGAGCCCAGCCUGCCCGCCCAGCAAACUGGGCAGUUAUUUAGCUAUCAAAAGAAUCUCUGUGCCAAGGGGCCUCAGGACUGGAGGACCGGAGGAAUUUUAAGCUGCUAGGGACAGUGUCAUCCUGGGUUUUGCUUUUAUUUGUGACCAAGAAACCAAGCUGUAGCACUCAUGGCUCUCUUUUUCUUUCUCUCUCUUUUUUUUUUUGUCUU